AUGUCCCUGCAUAAGGAAAUACCCUCUCGGCCUGGCACCGCCUCUUCGCGGCCAAGUGAUCGACACUCAAGAGGGCAACAGCCGGAGGGCCGCCCAUCAACGGACGAAACCCAUCAACUCCCAGGAACAGUUGAAUCGCUUUCCCAAGAUGCAGGUUUGGAUGGGACUGAAGACCACCACGAGGAAGGUCAAAAACAACCUCAAUCACACCCCACAUUCCAGCCGUUCUUCACCUUGAUCGAAGACGCCCAUACCUCAGACUACCACCACCCAACAGUCCACUAUAUAUUCUCCGAUGAUGACACCGAUAUCGUGACAGAGGCAGCAUUACGUAGUUUAUCCGCACAACAAGAAGCCCUCUCCGAUUCCAAGAAAGACCAAAUCGCGCAGACCCAAGCAUCGAAUCUGCAGAACGAGAUCAUCAAAGACCCGUCCGACCCAAACCUAGCCAAGACCACCCUACUCCCGCCGCCCAUUCCAGGCAUCCGAGAUAACUACAUCAUCCUCGAUAUAGAGCCCUCGUCACACAUACCUGGGGCAGCGCAAACUAGUCCGAUAACCGAACAGACAGCACAAGGCAAAGGUGGGGGUGGCACAAGGUCCAUAUCCACGUCACCGGCGAACGCUUCGUCACCCCCACAAGAUCAGGGACAGCUAGACCCGCAGUAUCACGUUACCGCUGCGCAGAGCUUCUCAUCAACAUGGCAGGUCCUCAACACGGAAGUGGUGCCUGCACCCACUUUUGAGAAUAACAAUCCUGGAGAGCUACCAGGACAUGGGUUGAUGCUGAAGAUCCGUGGCACAGGUGGGCCGCCGAUUAAUGUGGGUGGCAAGGAGAAGGAGAGCGGCACACUUGAGGAGAUGAUGGAUCAGUUUGCGAAGCGGAUGAGCGAGUUGCAGGUUAUUAUUGAUGCCGCGGAGGAUACGGAUGCGAAAGAAGAACAGGACCAGGAAAAACUCGUACAGCAUCCCUUCUCUCCAGACACAGCUGAAGAGACUAUUCAGGACGAGGGGGGCAGUGCCGCUUAUGCUGCAGAACAUGAGGCGGAACAGUCUUGA